CUAGGAAAAAAACAAAGAACAACGUAAAGCCUCAAUAUUUUUGCUCUUAAUAGAGCAAACCUUAAACCUUAAGCUUUUAUACCUUAAAAUUUUAAACUUUUCCCAAUUUUCAAAUUCUUUUGAGAAAUAAAACCCAAUUAAAAUCAAGUUCACUAACUCACAAAAUCUUUCUGUUUUGAUUUAUGGAGAGUUGAAGAAAUGACCAAAAGUUGAAGUUAGAGCAAAGUUUGAAAUUUUACAGAAAUUCGGUUGAAAAUUUGAAGGAAAUUAAUUGUUUUUAUUUUGUUCUGUAUUGGGUUGAUUUUUUUUGUUUUUUAAAUGUUAUCAUUGAGUACUCAGAAGCUGAUCAAGAAGCUGCUUCAAGAAUCUAUCUGAUUGAAGAAUUAUUUAGAAAAUGGCUGCUUCGGUUGGCUUAGGGGUGGGAUCACUUGUUUGGGUGGAGGAUCCUGUUGUGGCCUGGAUAGAUGGGGAAGUUUUAGAAGUCAAUGGUGCAGACAUCAAGGUUCUUUGUACUUCUGGGAAAACGGUGGUUGUCAAGUCUUCUAACCUCUACCCUAAAGAUGCUGAAGCUCCAUCUUGUGGUGUUGAUGAUAUGACAAAGCUGGCUUAUUUGCACGAACCAGGAGUCCUGCACAAUCUAAAGACUAGAUACGAUAUUAAUGAAAUAUAUACGUAUACAGGGAAUAUACUAAUCGCUGUCAACCCUUUCAGAAGAUUACCUCACUUAUAUGAUAGCCAUAUGAUGUCCCAAUAUAAAGGUGCGGCAUUUGGAGAGCUUAGCCCUCACCCUUUUGCUGUUGCUGAUGCAGCAUACAGACUUAUGAUCAAAGAAGGAGUAAGUCAAUCGAUACUGGUUAGCGGAGAGAGUGGGGCUGGUAAAACAGAAAGCACAAAACUACUAAUGCGCUAUCUUGCUUACAUGGGAGGGAGAGCUGCCGCUGAGGGUAGAACAGUUGAGCAGCAAGUCCUGGAGUCUAAUCCUGUUUUGGAAGCAUUUGGUAAUGCAAAAACUGUCAGAAAUAAUAACUCAAGUCGCUUUGGUAAGUUUGUGGAGAUCCAGUUUGACCAGAGAGGAAAGAUUUCAGGUGCUGCUAUCAGAACAUAUUUACUCGAAAGAUCUCGUGUUUGCCAAGUUUCUGAUCCAGAGAGAAAUUAUCACUGUUUCUACAUGCUAUGUGCUGCACCGUCAAAGGAUAUUCAAAGGUACAAGUUGGAUAACCCUCGGUCAUUUCGUUACCUAAAUCAGUCAAAUUGCUAUGAGUUAGAUGGGGUUGACGAUUCCAAAGAAUACCUAGAUACAAGAAGGGCAAUGGAUAUUGUCGGAAUAAGUUUGGAAGAGCAGGAUGCAAUAUUUCGUGUAGUGGCUGCAAUUCUCCAUCUUGGAAACGUCGAAUUUACAAAAGGGAAGGAGACAGACUCCUCAGUGCCGAAAGAUGAAAGAUCUUGGUUUCAUCUAAGGGCUGCAGCCGAGCUGUUAAUGUGUGACAUGGAGGCUCUUGAGGAUUCGCUUUGCAAGCGUGUUAUUGUAACUCGGGGGGAAACCAUCACGAAAUUGCUGGAUCCAGAAGCAGCAGCCAUCAGUAGAGAUGCUUUGGCAAAAAUAGUAUACUCAAAAUUGUUCGAUUGGCUGGUGGAUAAGAUUAAUAGUUCAAUUGGUCAAGAUCCAAAUUCAAAAUCUUUGAUUGGUGUGCUGGAUAUUUAUGGUUUUGAGAGUUUUAAGACUAACAGGUGCUUGACCGAUAUGAAUCGUAUUUCUGAUGCUCUUAAUUUCUGCAGCUUUGAACAAUUUUGUAUCAAUUUGACAAAUGAGAAACUUCAACAACACUUCAAUCAGCAUGUUUUCAAAAUGGAACAAGAAGAGUAUACAAAAGAGGAAAUUGACUGGAGCUACAUUGAGUUCAUUGAUAAUCAAGAUAUUCUGGAUCUCAUAGAAAAGAAACCAGGAGGUAUUAUAGCACUUCUUGAUGAAGCUUGUAUGUUUCCAAGAUCAACUCAUGAAACAUUUGCUCAGAAACUUUAUCAGACUUUCAAAAACCACAAACGAUUCAGCAAGCCCAAGUUGGCUCGUUCUGACUUCACUAUUUGCCAUUACGCUGGUGAUGUCACAUAUCAAACUGAAUUGUUUCUGGAUAAGAACAAAGACUAUGUCGUUGCUGAACACCAGGCGCUCUUGAGAGCUUCAAAGUGUUCUUUUGUAUCUGGUUUGUUUCCAACAUUAGUGGAGGAAUCCUCAAAACAGUCAAAGUUUUCUUCUAUUGGCUCUAGCUUCAAGCAACAAUUGCAGGCUUUGCUUGAAGCUCUGAAUACAACCGAACCCCAUUAUAUUCGAUGUGUGAAGCCGAAUAAUCUGCUAAAGCCCUCUGUCUUCGAGAAUCACAAUGUUCUGCAACAGCUUUGCUGUGGGGGAGUGAUGGAAGCAAUAAGAAUAAGCUGUGCCGGAUAUCCUACUCGAAAACCCUUUUAUGAAUUUUUAGAUCGCUUUGGCGUCCUCUCGCCUGAAGUUUUAGAUGGAAGUACGGACGAGGUAUCUGCAUGCACAAGCCUCUUAGAGAAAGUCGGUCUUCAAGGAUAUCAGAUUGGUAAAACAAAAGUAUUUUUAAGAGCUGGUCAGAUGGCAGAGCUAGACUCUCGCAGGACAGUGGUAUUAGGAAGAUCCGCGAGCAUCAUUCAGAAGAAAUUCCGUUCUCACAUGGCUCGAAGAAAUUUUACGUUGUUACGUCAGUUGGCAAUAAGGAUACAGUCAAUGUGCAGAGGAGAGCUUUCUCGGCGUGUAUACGCGAGCUUGCGGAAAGAAGCAGCUUGUCUGAAGAUCCAGACAGACGUGCGCAUGCAUCUUGCUAGGAAGGCUUACAAAGAAUCAUGCGCUGCUGCCAUUUCAAUUCAGACAGGAAUGCGUGGGAUGGCUGCACGAGAUGAAGUACGAUUCAAAAGACAGACAAAAGCUGCCAUUAUCAUUCAGAGUCAGUGUCGCACGUUCUUGGCCUGUAUGAAGUAUAAGAAGCUCAAGAAAGCUGCUAUUACCACUCAAUGUGCUUGGAGAUCUAGAGUUGCUCGUGGGGAACUACGUAAACUUAAGAUGGCUGCGCGGGAGACUGGUGCACUUCAAGCUGCCAAGAACAAAUUAGAGAAGCAAGUUGAAGAAUUAACUUGGAGACUACAGCUGGAGAAACGCAUGAGGGCUGAUAUGGAAGAAGCAAAAACAAAAGAAAAUGCAAAACUGCAAUCAGCUUUGCAAGAAGUUCAACUUCAGUUCAAAGAAGCAAAAGAAAUACUUGUCAAAGAACGUGAAACUGCAAAAAGGGCGGCAGAGAAGAUCCCUAUUAUACAGGAAGUUCCCGUUGUUGACCGUGAAAUGAUGAACAAACUUAGUGCUGAAAAUGAGAAUCUAAAGGCUUUGGUAAGCUCUCUAGAAAAGAAGAUUGAUGAGACAGAAAGAAAAUUUGAAGAGACAAGCAAACUUAGUGAGGAGAGGUUGAGGCAGGUGAUGGAUGCAGAGUCUACGAUCGUUCAGUUGAAGACUACUAUGCAAAGGUUCCAGGAAAAGAAUUUUGACUUGGAAUCUGAGAACCAGAUUCUUCAGCAAGCCUUGUUAACCCCUGCCAAACAGGUGUCAGAUCAUUCACCUAGUUUGGCUUCCAAGGUAGUAGAAAAUGGCUACAAUCUCAACGAAGAAAACAGAACCAAUGAUCCACCAAGUCCAACACCUGCUAAAAAAGUUGAAACCCCUAAUAGCAAGUUAAGGAGACCUAUCGACCGACAACAUGAAGACAUUGGUGCACUCAUUGACUGUGUGAUGAAGGAUGUUGGAUUCAGUCAAAGCAAAGCUGUCGCAGCUUUUACCAUCUACAAAUGCCUUCUUCGCUGGAAAUCUUUUGAAGCAGAAAAGACUAGUGUGUUUGAUCGUUUAGUACAGAUGAUUGGUUCUGCCAUUGAGAAUCAAGAUAGCAAUGACCACAUGGCAUACUGGCUGUCGAAUACCUCGACAUUGUUAUUCCUAAUCCAAGAAAGUCUGAAGCCUGGUAGCGCAGUUGGUGCAACUCCUAUCCGUAAGCCACAGCCUGCAACAUCCCUCUUCGGUAGAAUGGCAAUGGGCUUCCGCUCGUCGCCUUCUGCCGGCAAUAAUGCUGCAGCUGCGCAGGUAGUGUGCCAGGUGGAAGCCAAAUACCCAGCUAUGCUUUUCAAGCAGCAGCUUACAGCAUAUGUUGAAAAGAUUUAUGGAAUUAUUCGUGAUAAUUUGAAGAAGGAGUUAGGAUCACUGCUCUCCUCAUGUAUCCAGGCACCACGGACCUCCAGAGGAAGUAUGCUAAGAUCUGGUCGAUCCUUUGGCAAAGAUUAUUCAAUAAAUCACUGGCGGGGGAUAAUUGAAUGCCUAGACUCUCUUCUCUGUACAUUGAAAGAAAACUUUAUGCCUCCAAUUCUUGUUCAGAAGAUAUUUAGUCAAGCCUUUUCAUACAUUAGUGUUCAGCUCUUUAACAGUUUUCUUCUUCGGCGGGAGUGUUGUACAUUCAGUAAUGCGGAAUAUGUUAAAUCUGGCUUGGCUGAGCUAGAGUUGUGGUGCUGCCAAGCAAAGGAAGAGUAUGCUGGCUCAUCCUGGGAUGAACUCAGACAUAUAAGACAAGUUGUUGGAUUCUUGGUUAUACAUCAGAAGUACAGAAUUUCGUAUGAUGAUAUCACUAAUGAUUUGUGUCCCGUUCUCAGUGUCCAGCAACUUUACAGAAUUUGUACUCUUUACUGGGAUGACAAAUACAAUACGCGCAGUGUUUCUCCAGAUGUUAUAUCUAGCAUGAGGGUACUUAUGACAGAGGAAUCGAACAAUGCCGAGACCAACUCUUUUCUAUUGGAUGAUAACUCGAGCAUUCCGUUCUCAAUUGAUGAGGUCUCAAAUUCACUUCAAGUCAAGGAUUUUGCAGAUGUCAAACCUGCUACUGAACUUCUUGAGAAUCCAGCCUUCCAAUUUUUACAUGAGUGAGGCCUAGGACACCAAGAUUUUCUUGUGUUUUGCGCGACAGAUUAUUGUAGCAUCCUCGAUUUCUUGUAAAUUCAUGAUCUUUUCCUCCCCCAAUUUUUUUUAAGUAUAGAUUGAUGUAAUAUAAUAUUUUCUGUUGUUUAUAGUUAUAGUUCAUAGCAAAAGGUGCAGUGUGUGAGCAGUUGAGUUUUGUAUUUCUUUUGGUGGGGCAAAGAACAACACCAAUAUUCCCUUCUUUUUUUUUUUUUUGGAAAAUAGGGAGCAAAUCAUAUUGGUUAUGUAGAAUGAUGUAAAUGUUUUAUAUCCUAUCCAAUUUACCUUGUAAUGAAAGGGUAAGUUUUUUCAAUCA